AGGCCAGGCCAGCGAGAUACAAUACUCUCGUACUCUUGGUAGAAGCUUCAACAGUUAUUAUUUUCACAAGGCGCUCAGCACAGCACUUCUGAGCUAGAAAGUCUUCUCUUUUGUUGUUGUUUUUCUUUGGUGGACAGGUUUCAGUGUGAGUGUCAUCCAGGCAGUGUCAUGACCAGAUGACAGGCGUUUGAUAUUGGAUUGCCUGAGUUAGUAUUUUGUCAACACUUUCGAAUCCGAGUAGAAGUAAUCAGUUUGUUUGAAUUAGCUAGUCAUUUUUGAUCGACGUCAAGGAAUAGCAUUACCUUUGUGCUGUUUACUUCGACUAAGCAUCAAGUCAACGCACCAGAAAAAGGCUGUUUGUUGUUGUCUCCCUGCGGUGAACUCAGCGGUGCAGCUGGCGCGGAAAGCUGUGAGAUUAGCGUAUGAUGGCGUCGGGACAUGAUAAUGCCAGCGCCCUGUUUACCGGUAUGCACAGCGGUGGCAUGCCAACCAUCAGCACCAGCAGCAUCGGCGGAGGUGUCGGUGGUAGCGUGGCUACAGCGGCGAGCCUGCACAAUGGUAUCCUGUCAGGCAGCGGUGGCAUGCUGCACAGCAUGGCCCAGCUUGUCCCCGCCGGCAGCCCGCUGCCCACCGGAACUGCUGCUGCUGCUGCUGCUACUAGCGGCGGCGGUGGCGUGCAUGCCGGGCAAGCAAGUAUGGCGAGCAGCACCAUGAUGGUCAACACUGGCCUGGCUAAUGCUGUUGCCAACGCCUCAUCCAUGGUUAAUAGCUGCGGCGUUGGCUUGCCUGGACGUGGUAUAGGCAGGGGCCGGGGUGGUGCUCCUGCUCCUGCCGCUGUCGGGGGUAUGAUCAACGGUCUACCGAGCAAUCCUGUACUGGUUCCCAGCGGUCAAGUGAAUGGAUUUCCGAAUGGUCUGCUUUCCGCCAGUUCCUCAGAUCUGUCAAGUGACCGGUCACCAGUGUUGUUGCCAGACGCGUCAUCCUGUCUACUUGCUCCCUCUCUAUCGCCUGGCGGUCUGACCUCUGGUGGUAUCCACACUCAUGUACGACCAACGCUUCCUGAUGGUGGUUUAGAGGCAAGUCCGGCAAGCUUCCCAUCCUAUUCCCGGCAGUUCCCUCAGCUCUUUCCACCGUCCAAGUCACCAACUUGUGCUUUCUCACCUAGCAGCAGCACAGGCUUGAGUCCAAGCCAGCCGUUCCAGCAUGCUAAUGGUCUUGUCGCUCUAACGCAAUCCCAAAGGGGUUCGGUACCACACUCGCCAAGGGACUUGCUGGCACGCUCGCCUAGGGACUUGCUGCAACCACAGCCUCCGAUGGAGGGGUUGCAGCAAUCCCCCAGCGACGUGUUCCGUUAUACAAAUGUUCAGCCGUCUCAACUGCAACAACAGCAGCAGCUGCAGCAGCUGCAGCAAAAACAACAGCGACUAAAACAGCAGCAGCAGAAGCAGCAGCAACAACAACAACAACAACAACAACAACAACAACAACAACAACAACAACAACAACAGCAACAGCAGCAACAGCAACAGCAGCAACAACAACACCAGCAACAACAACCACAACAGCAGCAGCCGCAGCAGGAGCAACAACAACAACACCAGCAACAACAACAACAACAACAACAACAACAACAACAACAACAACAGCAGCAGCAACAGCAACAACAACAGCCGCAGCAACAACAGCCGCACCCGCAACAACCGGAACAUCAAAAACCACAGCAGUUAAAAGUACAGAAGCAGCAACAGCACCAGAAGGAACAGAAGCAGCUAAAGCAGCAAAAGCAACAUCAGCAACAGCAGCAAGACCAGCAGCAGCAGCAUAACCAGCUGCGUAUCAAUCAGAUAAUGGCUAGAGCGGCAUCAGAGCAACGUGCAAACUCAGCCGGGGCCAUUUCUCGCGAACUCUACCAGCGCAUGACAUCACUGGAAAACGGUCAAGUGACAUUUCGCGGCGAGGUGAGCGAGGAGCUAGGUCAGUUGCGGUGUGCCAUCACCACUCUCCUUCACAUGUUCCAGCAGCAGCCACCACCGGAGCAGAUCCGGCUGGAUGUGUGCAAGGCCGUGAAGGAGAUCUCCGUUCAACAGCAGCAGCUCACCGACGCGGUGGAGCAGUCGCGUUCAGAGAUGCAAGCUCUGGCCUGCGAGCUGCGUCCAGUGAUCGAGUGCUGUCGGCAGAUUGCAGAACUGCCCAGCAAGCUGGAGAGCACACGCCAGGAGAUGUUAUGUCACUAUCAGACAUGCACAGAGCAGAUCAGCACGCUUAAUGCCAAACUGGAGCAGAAACCUGCGGCCAGGCCACCGCAGUCGCCUCCUCCGCCAAGCACCAGCGGCAAUGCCAACAUGUCACCAAAGUCGGGAAGUAGAAAGAUGAAUGCCACUUUGCGGAUUGCACGGACACCCAGCAAGCUCAGUGGUGCUUCGCGGCAGCAAACCGCCCCAUCACGCACAGUGCCGACCCCCAGCGACCUAAGCAGAGGCUCGUCACGGACAGCGUCAACCCCCAGUGACCCAAGAGCAGCGAUCACCAUGACAUCGCAGAACAUUUCUGUCGCCGAUGUCAAGAGGCCAGAGCUAUGUCCAACGCAGCAUUCCACUGCUGCGGAACCGUCAGAAGCACCAGCAGCAUCACAGCAUCAGUCUGAUCUUGUGCAGCUGAACAAGAUGGACACGCCGGAACGAGGGCAAGCAAGCGUGUCGUAUCUUCAGCAUCCAUUGGGUGGUGUGUGGACGUCGUGCGCGUCUGUGCAAUUGCCCUCUUCCGGCAGCCAGACGUCCUCGCCUGUAGACCGUGAGCUGGGGUCCUCGUGCCCGUCAUCAUCGCCGUCGUCAUCGUCGUCGGCAUCAUCAUCGCGCCCAGACACACCUCUAUCAUCGGCGCAGACAGUUGCCACGGUCACCAGCAGCACCAGCGGUGGCGCAAUGCGCAGUAAGCGCGCAGUGAGGAAACGUACAGCUGCCGUUCAGGCUAUGCCCGGUGAUGUUGCUUUCAAGCGGUCCCGAGAUGACAUUGCAGCGGAUGAUGAAGUCAGCAGCAUUGCCAAGCGGAAAUUCUUUGUGCAGGAUGAGCCGUGCGUAGCUUACAGAAAGAAGUCCGCCAAGUUUGAGCGCUGUCACGAAUGCCUCCGCCUGUCUUUACUGCGACCGUCUCCACGGGAUCGCGAGCAGCUCAUCAAGGAGGUCUGCUGCUGUUUCACGGGUUUCAGAAAACUUCGUCAAGAGGGCGAUGUCAUUGAGCUGGAUGGCUACCUAGCACCUGCCGAGGCCCCAGAGAACGUCCUGGCUAUUCACCAGCCCACGUCCAACUGUGCUGUCUUCACCGACGUGGAGGCAAAGUUUGUGCUGUCCUGCAUACAGCAGUCAUUCUCGCGUCUCUGCAGCGAGGAAAGCAGCUACGUCAUGGGCCUUUCCACUGCAUGGAAAUACGGUCCCAAGUGCCGCGAGAUGUGCGACUCUUGUGCCACAACGAUCUUCAACGUGCACUUUGUGUGCCAGAUAUGCGGCUUUGCCGUAUGCGCAGCAUGCUGGAAGCACAAGAAUGAACAGGGCGAAAAGAGCUUCCUGUGGCGGCCGUGCUCCUCCAAGAAGAAGGUGCACCGGCCCGGUGACCUGAUGCCAACACAAGUCCUGCCUGGCUCCGUCCUCACCGACGUUGCUCACCGUCUGCACGGGCUGACGGACAGUAUACACGCUCUCACGCCACUGCCACUCUCUCUGGAGGCGAACAGCUAUCGCCUCCCACUGCAGAACUCCACACUGCUAUUCCUGACCAGCGGUGGCGACGGAGACGCGCGCAAUACUUGCUUGCAGCUGUUCAUGCGGGAUUGGGCGCAAGGAAAGCCCGUCGUUGUGGCCGGUUGCCACAAGAAGCUCCAGGAGCAAUGGACACCUCAAGGCCUCGCCGAGGGCGCAGAUGGUGCAAGCCCACUGGUUGACAUCGUGAGCUGCACUGGUAAGCCAGCAACACUCUCUUCUGUCGGCGAAUUCUGGCGUGGCUACAGCAGCAUGGACGCUCGUCUGACCAGCAUGGAGAUGAAUGUCGAACAGCCGCCGCCGGCAUACCCACCGCUCUACAAGCUCAAGGAUUGGCCUAGCAAGACUGAGUUCUGCAAUGUCAUGCCUCGACACUACCAAGAUUUGAUGGCGUGUCUGCCAUUCCAGCGCUACACACAUCACGACGGUGUAUUCAACUUGAGUGCCAGGUUACCAAGUGGCUAUGUCAAGCCUGAUCUUGGCCCGAAGAUGUACAUUGCUUAUGGUACUACCUUACUGCAGUCCACGACUAAUCUGCACUUGGACAUAUCAGAUGCUGUAAAUGUCCUGGUGGAUGUGACAGAGCCCACUGCUGAUCCGAAGAAUGCACUGGCAUGCAAGUAUCGAGAAGAAGAGCUCAGCAUUAUCCAGGGCAUUGUUAGUCGCCAGGAGGAGUCAGUGCGCAUACACUGCGCGCAAAGCAAGCCGGGUGCCCUCUGGCACAUCUAUCCUGCCAGUGACAAGGAGAGGAUCCGCAAGUUCCUCAGCAGAGAGUUCUGCAACCGCCAGGAGCUCAUGUUGGACCCUAUUCAUGACCAGAAUAUCUAUCUGGAUGCAACUCUACGCCAGCGCCUGAAGGACGAGGAGGGAAUCGAGGGCUGGGAGAUUGUGCAGUGUCUGGGCGAUGCCGUCUUCAUUCCGGCUGGCGCUCCUCACCAGGUACAGAAUCUGAACAGUUGUGUGAAGGCGGCCGAAGACUUUGUCUCUCCAGAGCACGUCAAAGAGUGCCUUGGACUGACAGACGAGUUCCGUUUCCUGUCGUCGAUGCACACCAAUCGCGAGGAUAAACUACAGAUCAAGAAUAUCCUCUUCCACAGUGUCAAGGAUGCAGUGUCAUGUCUUCCUUGCUCUACGCAAACCUUGACUUCGUCCACACCCUGAAGAGAACUGAUGCUCCGGCUAAUGUCGCUGUCAGCCUUUUCCAGUACUUUGACGCCUUCAGUGCUGAGUGGAGUUUAAACGUUUCUCGGUUCUGCUGCCUGCUAUCUGCCACCACCUCAGUUACAUCAGGGCGUACGUAGUUCUUGCCGCCAAUGUUGGGUCGGCUGGCUUCAACGCUCGAAUACUACUCACUGUCCUGGUAGCAGUUUGCUGUCUAAACAAACUGGAAGUACGAACCAAAGAAACAAAUUCCAGCAUCUUCAGUUUGUGAAUUGUGCCCCCCCCCCCCCCUUCCCCCUCUCUUCUCACGUCAGCUGAAAUUACUGUAACUGCUUAGAUAACAACCAUCUCUAACUGCUCAGUCUGCGUGAGCAAUUCCCCGCCAAACCAAGACUUAGUAUCAAGUCAUAAUAGUCUCCAGUAGUGAAUGCGCCACGUUCCGCUGAAAAUAUGCACACACACACACACACACACACACACACACACACACACACACACACACACACACACACACACACUAGUAAUGCAAGCGAGUGACGGCAGCGGCUCGUUCAAUAUCACCUCUCUCUUAGAUUAUAAGCUGACGCGAGCUGUACACACGGCCGUGGAGAUGCAGCGCUCAGCACCUCACCCCUGCUACCCGAUUCUAACCGAACAGUAGGCAUACCACUACUAGCUGCUUACAGAGCAGCAUCUCAACCCCAGCAGCACAUCUAACAUGGCUACGGGCUGCCCAGUCACAGCCAACACACAGCCUGGGUGCUGCCUAUCACAGCCCCCCCCCCCCCCCCCCCCCCCCGGUUUCAGGACGAUCGUCUGAGCAACUCGCGCUUUGAUGAGCUGUGCGCCGCCAAUAUCCGUGGCAAUGCACCCGAACAGUCCCCGCCGCAUGUUCUCCUGGCUUGGCACACGGCGUGCAAGUAUCUAGCUGUCCGCCCAGCGUAGCCCGCCGUCAACACUGCCUGCACCUGCUGCAUCGAUAGCGUCAGUGGGUAUGCUUCGUCACUACGUACUACGCUGUUCAGGCAGUCUGGCCUCCAUGAUCGUCGUCACUUCACUGCGCUGUUCAGGCAGCCAGGUCUCCGUUCAGGCAGCCAGGUCUCUGUUCAGGCAGCCCGGUCUCCGUUCAGGCGGUCCGGUCUCCGUUCAAGCAGCCAGGUCUCCGUGAACGUCUCUUAGCCACAUCACAGUGAUUUUCUCUCUCUGUUGGCUAGCAUGUCAUCCUAAUAGCUGGAGAUACAUUCUCAACAGACUCCACCACCAGCAGCAGCAACAUCAUCAGCAGCAGCAGGCUACACCAGGGCCAACAGGGCAUUCUCGUGUGAGGAGAAGCUUUCUCCGUGUAUUGGUUUUAAAAUGAACAUCCAAUAUGAAGACUGGCUGAUGCUACGUCCGAAUCUCUAUAGCUUUUUAAUCCUAUAAGAAGUGAUCUGUUCACUUCGACUUUUUAAUAAUCUUGUUUAAGUCAAUGGCUAGUCCCUGGCUAGUUCUUUUAUUAUAGUAAUGAUGAUGUCAGUGUGAUGUCAUACCUACUACCACCUGACCAAGUUAGUUUAAGGUCGGAAGGCCAUUUUCGGAACCUUUUCUUCAUGCUAGCUUCUGGCAUUUAUCUGGCACGGCUCUCGUGCGCUUUGGCUCUUCUGUCUCGUAAUGUCUUGGCUAUUACGCCGGACAAUUCUAAUACGCCUGCAAUUGCAGGCUUCUACUUUCUAGUACUGUUCUCCGCCGUUCUAGCUCGGCGCGAGCGCUCCCAGUAGUUUGCCCCAUGGCUAAGGUUGUAGCUGAUAGCGUUAGCGUCUGACUUUGUCCGUCUGUAUUAUCAUCUCUUUCUUUCUCGUCGCCACUCCACAUCCCAGAACCUUUGCUAGUAGCUGCUCUCUCGUAUGUGUCUUGGCUGCUACGCCAGACAAUGCGAAUAUGUGAGCACGCAUCGGCUUCUACUGAUGUUCUCCACCGUUCUAGCUCGGCGUGAGCGCUCCCAGUAGUUUGCCGCAUGGCUAAGUAAGUUCGUCCUCUUUUCUUCUCCCUUCUGCUGGCACUGUUGUCACCAUUCUUGUGGACAGUCUUGCAGUCCUCUAUAAGUACUAACAGGUAUACAUUUGUGCGCUGUUGCCAGUACCACGUAUACCUUUAGUGGCGUUGCUCAUACUUCUUGGUACGUAACAACUAACAAUCAUCUCUGAUAGCGUUAGCCUCUGAUUUUCUUUCUCCGUAUGAUCAUCUCUUUCUUUCUCACCACCACUCCACAUCCCAGAACUGUUGCUGGUUUCUCA